AUCGGUGUAGUAUCGUCAGCCGGUCGACCGUCGCGCUACGCCCGGCCACCGUACCAGACACUCGUUGACUGAAGUAAUUCGUGUUAUUUUACAACGCUGGUAACCGUUGCAGAGCACGUGUGUAGUCCGCCGGUUACUGGUAAGGAAAAUCGCGUCCGUGUUCGAAACUUUUUUUUUUUUAUUAAACGAUUUUGCUUUACUAAAUGUUCAAUUCGUUUUAAUUUUUAAUCGCAAGAAUUCGAUAUUAUACAAAACAUUUUAUUGCUUUUUUUUCAAGGUCUUUGAACUAUAAAAAUGUCAGAAAAAAAACAAGAUGCUGUUGAGACGGAUCCUGUCAUAAAAGAGAACCGUUCAAUGUCGUGCACCAGAAUACUAAACUUGAUGGUUCUGGUCGGGUUUAUGGUGAACUACAUGCUCCGGGUUAAUUUUACUAUUACCAUUGUGGAUAUGGUGAUUCCUAACAAGACCACCACAGCCAACGAAACGGCUGCCAAUUUGACAUACCCUGUUAUGCACAACGAAACAAAUAUCACAAACAAUUUUAUUCCUUCUGAAUCUUCUUAUGGUAAGAAGUUCAAUUGGUCUGCAAAUGAACAAAAUUUGAUACUUGGAAGUUUCUUCUGGGGGUACGUUCUAACAGAGUUGCCUGGAGGUCGAGUGGCCGAAAUGAUUGGUGCUAGGACGGUGUUCGGUUAUUCUAUGUUGUUGGCGUCUAUGGUCACCAUGUUAACACCUAUGGCAGCAAAAUUAGGCUUAUAUUUAGUGAUAUUUUGUAGAAUAUUUUUAGGUUUUACUUUGGGAGUAACUUGGCCAGCGAUAUUGCCAUUGGCUGCUAAUUGGAUACCUCCAAAGGAGCGUAGCAAGUUCAUGGCCAAUAUGAUGGCUUCUUCAUUGGGUGCUGCAAUUACUCUACCUGUUUGUGGUUUUUUGAUAUCCACAUUAGGUUGGGAAUCCGUGUUUUACAUCACAGGUCUUGUUGGAAUCAUAUGGUCAAUAUUGUGGUUCACUUUAGUAUUUGAAAAACCGAGUGAACACCCAAGAAUCAGUGAAUAUGAAAAACAUUAUAUUGAAACCCAAAUAGCCACCCAAAGUAGUGGUUCUAAGCCAAAGAAGCUACCUUGGGUGGAAAUAUUAACAUCAUUACCAGUAUGGGCUAUUGCAAUAACUCAUGGCUGUAGUGUUUUUGGUUAUUUCACCAUAGUUAAUCAAUUGCCAACUUUUAUGAAAGUAAUGUUUAAUCUUGACAUCAAACAUAAUGGUGUGCUUUCGAGUUUCCCAUAUUUGGGUAAGUAUUUAAUGGCAGCAGUAGCUGGAAAUUUGGCUGACCGUCUAUUAAAGUCUGAGAAAAUAUCUAAAACUGCAGUUCGGAAACUAUUUACAACAAUAGGUGUGUUUACACCUGGUUUAUUGAUGAUUUUACAAUCAAAUUUUGGCGAAAGUCAAGUAUGGUCUGUUAUAAUAUUUACAUUAGCAUUGACAGUUAAUGGAGCUGUUACAGGUGGAUACUUAGGAAAUGGUUUGGAUAUUGCACCAAAUUUUUCAGGAACUAUAUUUGGAAUUGCUAAUACUAUGUCAUCUGCUGGUGGAUCAUUGUCAUCUUUUAUAGUUGGAAAACUAACUAAUAAUAAUAAUACAUUCGCUCAAUGGCGUAUUGUUUUUUGGAUAAUGACUGGAACUUAUACUCUAGGAGCAUCUAUAUUUUUAAUUUUUGGUACUGCUAAAACACUACCAUGGAACUCGACAGAAAAACCUGAAAAUGAAAUGAAUGGAACUAAUCAACAGGAUAUAGAAGCAUCAAAACCACUUAACAGUUCAUCAUGAUCAUGUUUUUGACAAUGUGUCUUUGUGACAAAGACACAUUUUAUGUGAAUUUUGUACAUUUCUUCGAUAUCUAAAUUAUAUCAUGUAUAUAAAGAAGUUUUGAUAUUAUUUUUAUUUGUGAUUUAAUAUUAUUUUACCAAGUUUGCUUGGUAAAACUAAUAUUAAUUAUGUGAGAGUUUUAUUUUAUUAUUAAAAAAUUUAUUGUGAUAAAUCUA